CUUUGACAUUUGGAGCAUGCGCAGUAACAAGCUGACGCGGAGUUAAUUUGGCGAACGUGCCUGACAGAAAGAACGCUUCAAUAUGGCGACGCAUAAGGGGCUGGAAUACGCAUGCGCAAUUGGAUUUACGACUACGCAGCAACGCGCAUGCGGGAUGCUCAGGUUGCCGUCAGGGAGAAGUGGAAGCGUUUGUGCGCAUGCGUAGCAUCCUGCGGCCCAUCCUCAGCCGGGCAGAAGUGGAUGUGGGAGGUGUUGCUGCUGCUGUGAGAGCUGAGGAGAAAUAGAAUAUACCGCAUUGUACAUCAUCACGUCCUGACCGACUGCAGCUUCCUUCCAAUUCCAUUAUCAGUGAAGGACAAAAGCUGACAGGGCAUCACAUGGGGCAAGCCACGCCUUCUCCCUGGCACCACCUGUCUCACCUGCAGCAGCAUUGUGUGGAGAAAUCCACUGAUAGUUCUGUUAUUAUUACCUAAGAACUGGCACAGGGUAAUUGGACCACUCUGACAUCACUUCAUUCAUUAAUGUGUGAGAGAAACUAAAAAAGGACACUUUUAUGGCAGACUGACAAGUUGCAGUUGGCCGUAUUUCUCCCUGCAGAGGCCAGUCCUGAUUUUCUGUUAUAUACCGGCCGGAGCUGUCUGUAUCCGUGGAGUUGCACCCGGCGUCUGUUUAUGAGCUGCUGAGAAAAGCGGGUGCUGGGGGGACGCCGAAUGCACACCCACUAUGGUAAAGAUGGCGUUUCGCAAAGCCUACUCUAUCAAGGAUAAGCUGGAGGCCAUUGAACGAGUGAAAAACGGAGAAAGGCAAGCCACUGUAUCGAGGGAUUUUGGGGUGCCAGGGGGGACCCUGCGGGGCUGGCUGAAGGACGAACAGAAACUCAGAUGGUUUCUGGACCAGCUUGGGGGCGAUGUGGGCACCCACAGGAAAAAGAUGCGACUUGCCAAUGAAGAAGAAAUAGACAGGGCGGUGUAUAGCUGGUUCAUUACCCUGCGCCAGCAAAGCAUCCCGCUGUCGGGACCUAUUAUCCAGGCGCAGGCAGAGGCAUUUGCCAAGCAGAUUUAUGGGGAGGAAUGCACUUUCAAGGCCAGCCACGGCUGGUUCUGGCGCUGGCAGAAAAGACACGGAAUAUCCAGCCAGCGCAUAUAUGGCGAAUCAGAGGCCAGGCCAACAGAAAUGGAUCCUGUGAUAAUAUACCCAGAACAGGCCAAAACUCCAGUCGCUGACAGUGGCUAUGGAGACGAACAGAUAUACAACGCCAAUAUUACCGGACUGUACUGGAAACUGCUGCCGGACCAAACACGUGACAUGAUCUUGGCCAAACAGCCAGACGGCUACAAACACAUAAAGGACAGGGUUACUAUUCUGUUGGCCGCCAAUCUCACAGGAAGCCAUAAACUGAAGCCUCUUGUGGUCGGGAAGCUCAAAGAUCCACCCAGCCUGCGUCACCACAAUCAGGACAAGUUCCCUGCAGUUUACCAGUACUCACGAGAGGCAUGGGUGACCCAGGAACUCCUGAGGGACUGGUUCCUAGAAGAAUUUGUUCCUGCAGUCAAGCUUUACCUGAAGAGAUGUUGCCUCCAGCAGAAAGCAGUGCUGUUAGUCAACCAGUGUCCUGGGAAGCCACCAGAUGAGGAUCUACAAACAGCUGAUGGCAACAUUCGAGUCUUGUUCCUCUCCGAAAGCACAAGGAAUAAAAUACAUUCCAUGGACCAGGGAGUCAUCUCCUCCUUCAAGCAACUGUACAAACGAGAGCUUCUCAAGAUGAUGGUGUCCUGUGAUAGCUCUCCAUCUGACUUUGUCACUUCCUUUAGGCUGAAAGACAUGAUUUAUCUGGCAGGCCAGUCGUGGAAUAUGAUACAGGCUGGGAGCAUUGAGAAGUGCUGGCUUUAUGGUCUCCGGGCAGCUUUUGAGACAAACGCCAGCGCUGAGACUGAGGAAGAGGAGUAUAGUAAGGUCUUUGCCGACUUGACCAGUCUUGUUGCUCUGGCUUACAAGCAAAUACUGCCCGAGGACAUUGCUGAGUGGGUUCACCUGGACGAUUCCAUACCUGUCAUAGACAUAACUGACGGUUCCGUCUGCACAUUCCUUGUACCUGGUGACAGCUCGGGAGAUAUUGAUAUCAGUGUCGAUGAAAAAGAGGGAGGUCCAGUUCCAUCUGCGGCUGAGGCCAUCCACGGCCUAGAGACAGCUUUACGCUGGUUAGAAGCCCAAGACCCACAGAAAGUCAGUCCCCUGAAAAUAGUGCAACUGCGGUCCCUCAUCACCACAGCUCAGCGGCUUCAAGCGCAGUUACAGAGCAAACCUACAGACUGCACUGGGAGCCCUUGAUCUUUAUGGGAUGGGGCAGCUGAAAGUCCUAGUGAAUAUGUGAGCACAUGUAGAUCAGCUAUGAUGUAGUAUAUAUUUUGCACUACUAGGUAGUAAUAUACACCUUUGCCCAAUGUAACGCCUCUGGAGCAUGCUGUCGAGCCGAACUCGUCCUAAUCAAUGUUUUCUUGGGUAAAAUGUAGCAAUAUGAACCCCAAAUGUUUGGGCCAAAUAAUCCAGCCAAUGUUAAUAUGCUAAUGAUCAUCCUAGUGUAGAGUUCCCUACUUCAGGUAGGUAGUACCACCCAGUGCAGGGGACACUUCUUACACCUGUAUUAUUAUAUGUCACUUCUGGGUUAGUGGAGUAAAGUUCCUUAUUAUGA